ACAAGAAAACAAAAACAUAAUAUAUAUAUAUAGGACGGAGCUACAAGCCGUGACUCAUUAUGAGACUGCGAAGCGGUGCCUGCGUCCAAGGCGAAGGCUGGGAAUUCCAAUGGACAGCGGCAGCGCAGAGAGGGCCGGAGUCGGUGAAAGCGAUUGUCCCGGGACCUUUCUUGCGUCCGAGACUCGUGAAAGCUCUGCCAUACGUGGUACUAGGCGCAAGAGGUCCUUGUCAGCUGGGAAGCGGCGGUGCUGGCGGCGGUAUUCCGGAUCCGUGGCUAGAAUAUCUCUGCAGCUGUGGAUGCGGCGCACGCAGGGACCUCUACCUCAGGCUCACGGAUCUCAUCUGGAAGCAAGAGCGUCUGGCUUUAGUGCAGGGAAUACCCGAUCCUUGGAAAGCAGAAGAUUAUCUUGACAAGUGCCGCGCUUUACCGCCAAAGGAAGCUGCAGUAAAGACAAAGCCAACGCGCAAAAAGUCGCGAAAAGUUGAAACAUUUAAAAACAGUAGCCCUGCAACAGCUGUAUCCGACGCUAACGAGUUUCAAAAACUACGCGACAGACUCGAACAGUUGGAUGCGGAAUUGAAAUUGAAAGCGGCCGACGGCCGAGAGAAAUCAACGAUGGGCAAAGUUGAGCCUCUCUGCCCCGGCAAGUGCGCAUUUGGCGAAAAUAAACGAAGCGUUAGGAGCGACAGCUGCGCUUGUCCUGCUGAUAAUGCCACGGACGAGAAGAUGAAUGUGCUACGACCAUCAGCAGUCAACUUUCUCAACGAGUUGCAGAGUAGAAUCAAAAUUACGGAGAGAGUUCUCGAUGAGACUUCGGCCGGCCUGCGACCUCAUCAGGAGAAGAUUUAUCAGCGCGACAACGCGGAAAGAAUAAAAGUUGAUGGCAAGCGGAAAAAACUAAACGCGCUCGAUAAAGCGCGCGAAGGACGCGCAGCCUUGCAUUUUCGCGCGAAAGAAGCGCGAAAGGAGCGAGCAGGUCAUAAUAAUUUGCGAGAUUAUCGCUAGUCAAGUAGUCUGUUAUCAGAAAAAUUCCUCGCGCGAUCCCACAUAUAACAGUGUGAUUGCUGAUGGUAAAAAAGCAAUAUCUUGCAGACUUAUUAAAAGCCGAUGAACUGA